AUGGUCUCGCCCUUGGACCUGGACAAACAUUGGAAAUUGCCACAUCUGUGUGAGGACCUAGAGCUUGUCCUCUUAAUCCCCAGCGGCCACCACAUCACAGCUGCCCCCACAAGAGGUGAACAGGGCCCGGCUCCUGAAGCCCCUGAUAACAGGCUGUUCCUUAUUUGCAGGGAGAAGAAAUGGGUGACUGUGGGGGACACAUCCCUGCGAAUCUACAAGUGGGUCCCUGUGACGGAGCCAAAGGUUGAUGAUAAAAACAAGAGCAAGAAGAAAGGCAAAGGUGAGAAGUGUGGCUCGGAGGUGACCACGCCCGAGAACAGCUCCUCCCCGGGCAUGAUGGACAUGCACGAUGACAACAGCAACCAGAGCUCCAUAGCAGACGCCUCCCCCAUCAAACAGGAGAACAGCAGCAACUCGAGCCCUGCGCCGGAGCCCAACUCGUCUGUGUCCUGCGACGGCGCCAGCAGCAAGGCUGAUGAGGCUCAGGCUGAGGGGAAGGAGCUCCCCGGGGCCGAAGAUGCUUCUGACGAGCAGAAUUCACAGUCUUCAGUGGAAAACUCGACGAACAGUUCAGAGAAAGUCGAGCGGCAGCCAUCUGGAGACGCGGGUCUAGCUGCAGAGACGUCCUCAAUCUCUCAGGAUUUGGAAGGAGGGCCACCCUCUAAAAAGAUGAAGCUGGAGGCUUCGCAACAAAACUCCGAAGAGAUGUAGACGUUCGGGGUUCAGUCUCCGGUCCGUGUUUCACGGGAGAUCCGUCGGCAGGCUUGAUUCUAUGACUUCCCCGAUCGAGCCUUCGGGUUAGAACUACUAACUUUCCGAGUUUACCAAGUGCAAAUCCGAGAAAACCGAGAACGGUGUGACUUCUCAGACACUGAAGAGCUUUCUGCUGUGAAGCAAACACUCGAAUCUUGAAGUGACUGUCCUUGUGGAGGCAGGUCGACAGCUCAGGAGUGUCAGACACUGUCUCUGAAGCCAAGAUUACAUUUGCAUUGCUGCUGUAUUGUUCCCCCCUCCCCCCACUUCUCUAACGAUAUAAGCUAUUCGAGGGUGGUACCCAUCAGGAAUUCGCAUUUCGUGGGGGCUGUUCACUGUUCCACUGAUUCCUCCCUCCCGCUUUCUUUUUUUGUGCCUUGUGCCCUUGAGGUGACCUCUGGCAUGUUUUCCCGGUUGUUUUGCAUCUCCCUUUGCAAAGUGCCCUCUCGAUUUUGUUGAGGCUGCCACUGCCCCGGCCCUCACAUCUCGCUCCUCCCUGCCCCCGGACUUCAAUGGGAACAGAGAGCUGGUAGGGGGGAGGAGAGCCCGAGGCUGCAGAAGAGUAGGAGCUCCUCAGCCACCUGCCCAGCCUCCUUGGUCGGAGGAGUCAGAUGUCAGGGCACUGUCCCCAGGCGCUGGCCACUUGAUAUGCCCGCUUCCUCGGGGCAUCUGAACCUGGUGUUUCCAAGUGGCCCAAAUGGACAUGCAGAGCCCUUCGGUGGUUCUGGCGUUUCCACCCUCUGCCCCCACCGUGCCGCUUUCUCCCACAUCUCCGAAGACGGGAUGGCUUCUGACUGCGGGAUUGUCUCAAGAUGACAGAAGGGCUGUGGAGGCCGGGAGCAGACAGCAGGAGGGAGCUGGUGCUGAACUUUCAUAGGACAGGAUGUUGUUUGGAUUUCAAAUCCA